AUGUUUAUCACUGCGCGAUCUGUGGGGUUGAAACUGUCUACUAGAGCCAAUCUAUUGGUCGUAUCGCAGCUUUUGCUUGCGCUAGAAGCAUUGUCUGCACCGGCAGCCACUGUAUCUGCACCCAUCGUCAACUUGGGUUAUGUCCAAUACCAGGGAUCGGUUGACACAGCGACAAAUAUCACCAGCUUCCUUGGAAUACGCUACGCUGCUCCUCCAGUUGGUGACUUAAGAUGGGCAGCUCCGCAGUCUCCAUUGGGCGUCUCUGGAGUUGUUGAACAAGCUACCACGCAAUCAAACGAAUGCUAUCAAGCGCCCGUAGGCAACUCUUCAACGAAUCCGUUUGAAAGCACCUCUAUGAGGAAAAGGGCCAUCAGUCAAUCUGAAGACUGUUUAUUCUUGAAUGUAUACACUCCUGGAAGUGAAGUGGUAGCCACUCCGGGAGGAGGGCUCCCAGUUGUCGUUUGGAUUCAUGGAGGAGGGUACAUUGCAGGAGCUGCAAGCGAAUUCAAUGGCGCAGAUCUAAUUAUAGACUCGAAUCACGGUGUCAUCAUUGUCUUAGUUCAGUACCGCCUCGGUUUAUUCGGUUUUCUUCCUGGGGAAGCGGUCAAGGAAGGGGGCGCACUUAAUGCUGGACUACUCGACCAGAAUUAUGCGUUACAGUGGGUGCAGACCUACAUAAGUAGCUUUGGCGGUGACCCCACAAAGGUCACAAUUUGGGGAGAGUCUGCUGGUGCCGGUUCAGUGCUACAGCAUAUUGUUGCCCAUGGAGGAAACACGCAGCCUCCCCUCUUCAAGACCGCCAUGACGAGUUCUACAUUCUUGCCAUCCCAAUACAACUAUAAUGACCAGAUUCCGGAGAUGCUGUAUAGUGAGGUCGUCGAUGGAACAAACUGUACCUCAAGUUCGGAUACCCUCUCUUGUUUGCGCGCUGCAGACGUCAGUACGCUGCAGACCUUGAACUAUAACAUCAACGUCAACGGGUUCUUUGGCGUGUUCGUAUUCGUCCCUGUUGUGGAUGGCACUUUCAUCUUGGAGAGGCCUACUGUGACGAUAAGGAAGGGUCGUUUGAAUGGCGACUAUCUCCUUUCUAUGACCAAUUCACAUGAGGGGGACAUUUUCGUCGACCAAUCCACCACAUUGGAUAUUGCAGAUUAUGUCAAGACGCUUUUCCCGAAUUUCGGUUCUGCUCAGGUUGCUGAAGCGGCGACGCUGUACCAGAACUAUGGAAGUAAUGUCAACCAAGCAAAUCUUGUGAUGGGCGAAUCAAUAUUCCUUUGCCCCACUUAUUAUCUCCUCUUAGAAUUUGGAGAACGAGCUUGGAAAGGCGAGUUUGCAAUCCCGCCUGGCCUGCAUGGAACCGAUAUUGCGUACUACUUCACCUCAUAUGAGGGUGGCCCUCCAUACAACAAUUCGCAGUACAUCACUGCUUUCUCGAAUUCGUUCAUGGCUAUGGCCAUGUCUGAGACUCCUGACGACAGAUACACCCCAGGAGAUAUCACACCUUCCUGGACACCUUGGCAAUAUGGUUUGACAGAGAUGAAGUUCAACGAGACAUCUGCGGGAGUACCCAACAUUUACACUUUCAAGACUGAUAGCGCCUUACUGGAGCGUUGCGCAUACUGGCUGAACGUAUCAGCAUAUUCAGCGCAGUGAAUGGAGGUUGAGCGCUGCUCUGGUAUCUGCGAGUUGAAUAGUCUUGUGAUAUGUUUGUUAUCCCUAUAUCAGCUUGUCACAAAUGCUCUGGUCGUAGGAUGAGUAUCCGGCAAGACUUUUAUGUAAAUAAAAAUAACCAUUGAUUCGUAUCAGUUGGAAAUGGCCCUACCA